AGGAGAUGACCAUUUUCCUUGGUCGGUUCGUCCGAACUCUGUAGAUUCGGUACCAUCGUUAUCGUCACCCGUCCCACGCGCAUACGCUUCUCUCUCUACUUCUCUCCGAUUAAGCAAACGCCGAAACCAGACCGACACCAACUUUCUCCCCUUCCAAAUUCUGAGAAACUCUCCCAUCUCUCUCUGCGAUCCAAUCGGUCCGUCGGAGCCCUCAACAGCCAUGGUGCACCCGGGACCGUCGCCGCCGAACCCGCAGCUGACGCAGCAGUUCCUGAGCUCCGUCCUCUCGCAGCGGGGGCCGUCGUCGCUGCCCUACGCGGAGGACACCAAGUGGCUGAUCCGCCAGCACCUCCUCGCCCUCGCCACCGCCUACCCUUCCCUCGAUCCCAAGACGGCCUCCUUCACCCACAACGACGGCCGCACCGUCAACCUCCUCCAGGCCGACGGCACCAUCCCCAUGCCCUUCCAGGGCGUGACCUACAACAUCCCCGUCGUCAUUUGGCUCAUGGAGUCCUACCCUCGCCACCCGCCCUGCGUAUACGUCAACCCCACGCGCGACAUGGUCAUCAAGCGCCCCCACCCUCACGUUAACCCCUCCGGCCUCGUCUCCGCCCCUUACCUCCACAAUUGGGUCUACCCCAGCUCCAACCUCGUCGACCUCGUCCGCAAUUUGAGCCUCAUCUUUGCCCGCGAUCCCCCGCUCUACGCCCAGCGCCGCCUCACCACGCCUACUCCACCGAGCCCUAGCCCUAGCCCUGGGCAAGGGUUCGGCCUCACGCCGACCCUGAAUUCGAGCCCAGGUUCGGGUAAUUAUGCGCCGAGGCCUGCGAUCCCGCCCCGUGCUUACCCGCCUUCGCCGUAUGGCGCAGUCCCCACGGGUGGGGCAUCGCAGCGGAUCCAGACGGAGGACCCAAGUGAGGUUUAUAAGAGGAAUGUGGUGAAUAAACUUAUUGAGACGGUGCAUGGGGACAUGGCAGCACUGAGGAAGGCGCGGGAGGGAGAGAUGGAAGGUUUGUUCAAUGCCCAGGCGGUUCUGAGGCAGAGGGACGAGGUAUUGAGCCGGGGAGUGAAGGAGAUGCAGGAUGAGAAGGAGGCCUUGGAGCAGCAAUUGCAGAUGGUGUUGAUGAACAGCGAUGUGCUUGAGGCAUGGCUGAGGGAGAAUGCAGGCAAGAAGCCGGGGAGCUUGGAGGCCGAGGAUGCAUUUGAGUGCACUGACGCACUCUCGAAGCAAAUGCUCGACUGCACAGCUGCGGAUUUGGCAAUCGAAGACGUGAUUUACUCGAUGGACAAGGCAGCGCAGGAAGGUGCUAUCCCAUUCGAUCAGUACUUGAGGACUGUGAGGUUGUUGUCCCGUGAGCAGUUUUUCCACAGGGCGACGGGGAUUAAGGUCCGAGCAGUGCAGAUGCAAGCUCAGGUUGCAAGCAUGGCUGCCAGGGCACCGCAUUAUGUGAGCUGAAAAGGAUCGAUGUACCUAUUGCAUUGCACACGCGAUAUGAUUAUCUACAUUAUGGUUUCUGCAA